AUGAUGGCACUUUUACCAGAGAAUGAUUGGGAAAAACACUUAGAAAAAUUGCCUUCAUAUGAGGAAUAUAAAAAAUUGGAUGACGUGGACAUUAAGGUUUAUAGCGAUGAUUACUGUGUAAAAGAUUUAGGAAGCCUGAAAGAAGAGGAUAAAACAUUUUGUAAUAAGGUAUCGAAGCACCUAAAAAGCUUAUCUGGUUUAUCUGAUAAGGAUCGUAAACAUGGCUGUUUUUAUUUUCAAUACUGGUUCUUUGAUCAGAUAAGUAAAAAGUAUAGUGCUAAUAAUAAAAUUAAUAACAAACCAGUUAGUGAUAAACUUUUUGAUUUAGUGGCAUUAAAAAUUAGGGAAUCUCCUAAUUUGGAAUCUUGUAGAUGUUAUGAAUCUGGGACACCGGAAGUCUGGAAAGAAGAAAAAGAUUUGCACGAUUAUUUUGAAAAUUACAAAAAUAUUAAUUGUACGAAUUCUGAUAAGUUGACGUGUGAAAAAUAUGUGCGUUAUGUUACCUAUAUUAAUAAAUUAUUUCAAAGUAAGGAAUAUGACUGCUGUAAUGACGAUGAGUUGGACCUUGUUUCUUGUGAACCUUAUAUCAAAUGUGAAUAUGAGACCAGACCUAAUGAUUUAUUACAAGAAUUACAAAAACAACUAAAGGCUAUUGAAGAAAAACAGCGGAAAUUCCUAAAGGGGAUGUAG